AUGCAACAUUAACAAUAAAAGUAUAUUUUGUGCGAUAAAAGUAAUCAAUCAUAAUUAUCACUCAAUUUAUCAAAGAACUAAUAAAAAUUAGUCUGCAAAUCAAUUCACGAUUAAAUUAAGGAAAGAACACAAUCUAAAGAAACUACUCAUAGAAGUACCCAAAAUAAUUAAUUAUCUUAAAGAGUUAAAUAAUCAGGAUCAUUAAGUUCAGUUAUUGCAAAUUUCUUUGGUCCUUCUGAAUUAAAAAUAAAAUAAAAGGAAGGUAGUGAAAAUAUUGAAAAAUCUAAAAUUUUAGUAAUUAAAGAACAAAAACAUUUGUUAGAAUAAAAAGAUGAAUAAAUUAAAAUUCUAGCUUAAUAAUUGUAAGCUUUAAAAUCUGGUUAAUAUAUAUGUGGAAAUUGCAAUAAUUUAAAAGAUAAAUUUCAGAAAUUAUAAUCAUUCAUUAAUUAACAAUAUGAUUUAUUUUUAAAGGAGUUUAAAAUGAAUAAAGAAAAUUAAAACACUUUUGAAAAUGAAGAAAGAAUCUUAUAUAAUAAUCAAAAAGGUAUUGAUAUAAAUACCUAAUCACAUAAAUAGUCAAUGAAUACAUUGAAAUAAUUAAUAGAAAAACUCAACAAUUAAUAUGAUGAAGUUGAUGAUAAUUAUAAUUCAUUAUUAAAGGCUAUGAGAAUGGAAAAGUAGGAAUUAUAGUAGAGAAUAGUUGAUUUGGAAUAGAGGGUGAAAGAUUUAUAAAAUAAUGAAUAACUAAUGUAAAAAAAAUUAGAGUAAUUAUAAAAUCCUUAUUAAAAAUAUAAGAAUUAAUUAUAAUAAAGUGCUUCAUUAACAAGACUUAAGUAUAUAUAAAAUAUAAUUAAAGUCCUGAAAUUGAUUGUUAAGUGAAUGUUGACAAGAUCUUAAAUUUAGGAUAAUAGCCUUAUUUAAGAACAAGAUAUAUUAGUUAAAAAGAGAACAAGAAUAGUUAGAUGAGUUUAUUUUGA